AUGAUUUUUUCGGAUGAAUUCAAAGAUUUAAUAAAGCAACCAGUUCAGCUUAAUACAAGCAGAUCAAACUAUUCCAAAUACGAGAGUCUCACAACAAUCAGGGAAUCACCCAAAAAGGCUGCGUUGAAUUAUCCAAAAGAGCAAUAGACUCUUUUUUAUAAUGCAAGCUAUUUGUUGAAGUAAUCCAAUAGAAUUGGAAUAAAGAAAAGAUUACGAAUAUUUUUGAUCGUUAUAAGGUUUCUCAGAAGAUUAUAAAAAGUAAUAAAUGAAUCCCCAUACUAACACGGUCUAGCAAAUUUAAAAAAGGUUAAAAAAACCACUUUGAAGCUUCCUCAAACAAUAAAUGAGAAAUUCAAGAUCUGGUGUUUGGGAAUUUUUUAAAAAUCAUUUUCAACAAUUCCUCAAAAUCUCUUUAAUUACAUUAAAUCCCCUGGAAAUAAGAUCAAAGAAGAUAAUUCUCAAUUAAUCCUAAUAAAUGCAAUCAAAUUCUUCUUUGAAAACAUGGCUUAUUUUACUCAUCCUGAUAUUGUGAGUAUUGAAAUAAAACACUUUUUGUUUUCGUAACUGUUUUUAAAUGAGAAGACUCAGUUCACAGCUUUUGUAUCUGUGAGAACCCCGUACAUAUCCCAUUUAAAUAACGAAAUCACAUUAGAUCAAUAAUCAAUGAUUAUUAUGGAAGUUUUGCUCUUUUUCAGAUUUGCAUUUACUCUCUUUGAAUUCACAAAUACAAACUAAUUUGCGAUAGUUAUGCUGAUUAGUACUCUUCAACAUUUAUAUUUGAAAAAAUACACCUCUUUAAAGUCAUAAUACCAACCUCAACAAAAUUUGAUUCAAUUAACGAUAGAGGAAACCAAGAAUCAAAAAUAUAUUUUAAAAAUAGAACCACAAUAGACUUUAUUUUCAAGCAAUUAAAUAAUUUAUGGAACUUAUCCCCCAGAUGAAAUUGAAAAAUUACUUAACUUAAGACCAAAUUUUGAUGAAAAAAUAACAUAGUAUUUUAAUAAAACCAUAGAGCAUUUAUAGCUAUUUCUCAUAGACUUCUAUCAAUGA